AUGUGGAUACCGUUAGUCACUCUGGUUGUUUGUUGUAAGAGGCACACGGUUGAAAAAUCACAGCAUGAAAACACUGGCUACUUAUGGAGUAGACUUGGAAAAUCAUCACAAAAAGAGUUGGCAUCAGUCAGGAAAACACUAGUGAUUUUAGGGACGGGCUGGGGAAGCUACAGUGUGUUGAAAAGCAUAAACAAGCAGCUUUACGAUGUAAUUGUAGUAUCACCUAGGAACCACUUCUUGUUUACUCCUCUUCUUUGUAGUACCACUACAGGAACCCUAGAAUUUCGAUCAAUAAUUGAGCCAGUUAGGAACAGUGGGUUUCGACAGACCAACCAUUUCCAUCAAGCAGAGGCAACGUCUGUUGAUUUGAACAAGAAACAGCUUACAUGUUCUAGUGUUUUCCAUCCUUAUCUUACGUAUACCCUCAACUACGAUAAACUUGUUAUUGGAGUUGGAGCUUUAAAUAAUACAUUUAAUGUUCGUGGUGUUAACGAACAUGCCUUUUUCUUGAAGGAAUUGAGCCAUGCACGACAGAUACGUAACAGAAUUCUGAGUAACUUUGAACUGGCUGUACAACCUGAGAUCGACGAGGAAGAGCAAAAGAGACUUUUACAUACAGUGAUAGUUGGUGGUGGCCCUACUGGUGUAGAGUUUGGAGCAGAAUUGUACGACUUCUUCGUUCAGGAUGUAUCUCGACUAUACAGAAAAUGUGAAAAGCUCGUCCAGGUGACGCUUAUUGAAUCUAACAAGAUAUUAAGUUCUUUUGAUAAACGACUUCAAAGUUAUGCAGAAAAGAAGAUUAAAGAAAGGGAUAGGUUUAAUUUAGUGCAGUCAUCUGUGACAGAAGUUAAAACCAACAGUGUCACAUUAGCAGAUGGGAAAAUUUUACCUUGUGGUCUUGUUGUCUGGAGUACAGGCUUAGCCCCUCGACCUUUUACGCACUCCAUUGAUGUACCAAAAAAUAAGCAAGGUCAGAUUCUUACCAAUGAAUAUCUUCAGGUGCUUGGAGAUUCUUCUGGGUCUGCGUAUGCUCUAGGAGAUUGUGCCGAGAUUCGGAAACUUCCUCUGCCAUGUACAGCUCAAGUUGCUGAGAGACAAGGCAGGUACCUGGCUCACUGUUUAAACAAUGUUACAUCGGUUAAUCAGCUACAACCAUUCCAGUUCAAAAGCAUGGGUAUGUUGGCCUACAUUGGUGGAUAUAAGGCUCUUUCUGACCUUCCAGAAGUGAAACUUCAAGGUAAGAUUUAAAGUAAUGUGGCACCUUAAAAGAACAGUGUCAUGAGUUUAAAACUAGUUCUACAGUUCUUGUAUGCAUUAUAUCGAGCUAACGGUAACUACUUAACAGAUGAUCAUAUAACAAACUGGGUUGUUUUAAACUCAGUGUAUGUCUUACUGAUCUUUUCAAAGUUGCUACAUUUACUUCCUGUUCCUAUGUCAUCAGCCACUGAUUCAAAGUUUUAAUGUGUGUGUGUGUGUAUAAUGAAAAAGAUUUUCAUCAGUUAUUAUGUAGAUUAGGGUUCUGCAGUUUUGUGCUAGUGAUAAGUCGCACAGAGUCUUAGGUGUCAUCUCCUAAACUGGAUGUUAGUUAUUGAUGAAAAAAAAAA